AUGAAUUGUCCCUCUCGCACCGACGAUACGCUCCUCCACGACGACUGGAAUCAGAACCCGCCACGCCUGGCACCGGAUUUGACCACCCGCCAAGACCUCAACGGCAUCUCGAACGCACGUGAGCAGAAAGACAACAAGAACGGGUUGGCGGGCGUCGUGGGGCUCUGCUUUGACGGCACUGGAGAUCCGCCACCUCGCGUAUCUGAUCCGGAGAAUCAUCUCCAGACGGGGCAGGGGUUGUCUCUGACUUUGUCAGGACGACCCGUUGCCCAUAAGACCAACGUUGAUGUUGGAAAUUUACGAUCAAACGAUGGCAUUGUUCCAUCGUAUCAGAGACUCAAAGACUGGGGGCUAUGGCUCUUGUCUGUUCUGUGUGUCUCUGGACUCAUCUCUCAUCGCACCUUGAGAGAGUAUUUUACCACAGAACCUCAUCAAGAGGUUAUUGUUGAAAGAAUCCCGGCUCCAAUUAUUCUUAGACGAUCGACAUGCGCUCAAGGAGGCGUCAGGGGCGAUGACUACAACCUCUCCCUGCAUGUUGGCGCCCUCUUCAUCAUCCUCGGUGUCUCGACCUUGGGCUGUGCAUUCCCUAUUCUAGCCACAAGAUUCCCGGGCAUGCGUAUCCCACCGUCAUUCCUCUUUUUUGUCAGUCACUUUGGAACCGGUGUUCUUAUCGCGACAGCAUUUGUCCAUCUUCUCCCGACGGCGUUCCAAACGCUGGGUGACCCAUGCUUGUCCAAAUUCUGGACAACAGAUUACCCAGCCAUGCCAGGCGCUAUCGCAUUAGGCGGUAUCUUCCUGGUAACCGUCAUCGAGAUGGUCUUUAGUCCUGCCCGACAUGUUUGUCGCGGCGGAACUCGUGCUGUUGCCAAUCAAAUGUCAUCGCCGCAACCUAGCACCAGCGAAUCCACGACGCCCAGAAUCGAGGUUUACGAUGAAUCUGGAAAUGCAACCGAGCACAGCCCGCCUUCUCCCGGAUUUGAAGGACGACCUCACCUCCGCGACAUGGGACCGUUGAAUGGUCGAUCAUCCAGUAUGAGUCGCGCUAUUAGCCGAAUUGGCGAAGAUGCGGAAGGAAUCCGCAGAAUUGAAUCUGCACCGGAAAGAGAAGCGCACCACGAUGUCAAGCUUGAGUUCUCUGAACAUGAUGCGGAGCGAAACGAUAGCGAUGCUCACAGCUUUCUGACUCCCGAGCAGAAGCAGAAGAAAGAGGUUAUGCAGGUUUUUCUUCUUGAGAUGGGAAUUCUCUUUCACAGUGUGUUUAUCGGCAUGUCGCUGAGUGUUUCUGUGGGGAGUGAAUUUGUUAUUCUGUUGAUUGCCAUUUGCUUUCACCAAACAUUCGAAGGCCUCGCGCUAGGCUCACGUAUCUCCGCCCUCCCAUGGCCCAAAAACGCACUCCAGCCAUGGCUGAUGUCUCUCGCUUAUGGUUGCACCACACCCAUCGGCCAAGCCAUCGGACUCGCAACGCAUACCCUCUACAGCCCCGACUCCGAAGUAGGCUUACUCCUAGUCGGUACCAUGAAUGCCAUUUCCUCGGGACUUUUGAUUUUCGCCUCACUCGUGGAGUUGAUGUCGGAGGAUUUUCUCAGUGAUGAGAGUUGGAAGAUUCUUCGCGGAAGGAAGAGGGUUUAUGCGUGCAUUCUGGUGUUCCUCGGUGCGUUUUGCAUGAGCAUUGUUGGUGCGUGGGCUUAA